GCGACUGACGUUUGUCCUCAGUCGAGUCUCAACCACUCCAAGAUGAAGACGUCGAGUGCAAUUCUCCUUUUGGCCUCUUGCCUCGCCCUUUCGUAUAGCGAAGAAAUAACAAAAGAUGAAGGGGUUCUAGUGUUAACCAAAGGCAACUUCAAGACCGCCCUCGAGGAGAACGAGUUCGUCCUCGUCGAAUUCUAUGCACCUUGGUGUGGACACUGUAAGGCUCUGGCUCCAGAGUAUGUUAAGGCUGCUGCAAAACUUGUAGAGAAAGGAUCUGCCAUCAAACUUGCGAAGGUUGAUGCCACAGAAGAAACAGAGUUGGCAGAAGAACAUGGUGUCAGGGGGUAUCCCACUCUGAAGUUCUUCCGCAGUGGCAAGCCCAUAGAUUAUGGUGGUGGACGUCAAGCUGAUGACAUUGUGAACUGGCUCCUUAAGAAGACUGGCCCACCAGCAAAGGCUCUAGCAACUGUUGAGGAUGCCAAAUCCUUCAUUGAUGAGCACCCUGUCGUCGUCGUUGGGUUCUUCAAGGACCAGAGCUCGCCUGGGGCCAAACAGUUUUUGGCUGCUGCAUCUGCCACUGAUGACUAUCCCUUUGGAAUCACAAGUGAGGAUGCUUUGUUCUCAGAGUACGAAGCUAAGGAUGAAGGUAUUAUACUCUUCAAGAACUUUGAUGAGGGAAAGAAUGUGUACGAGGGAGAGAUUACAGAAGAUGGAGUGACCCAGUUUGUAGCAGCCAACUCUCUGCCUCUUGUUGUAGACUUCAACCAUGAAACUGCUUCAAAAAUCUUUGGAGGAGAAAUCAAAUCCCACCUGUUGAUUUUCUUGUCAAAGGAAGCCGGACAUUAUGACACGCACAUGGAAGCUGCCAUGGCUGCUGCCAGGGGUUUCAAGGGUCAGGUUCUUUUCGUUACCAUAAACACAGAUGAGGAAGAUCACUCCCGCAUUUUGGAAUUCUUUGGCAUGAAGAAGGAAGAGGUACCAGGCCUUCGCAUUAUCAAGCUUGAGGAAGACAUGGCCAAGUACAGACCUGACACCUAUGACUUGAGUGAAUCUGGAUUGACCAGCUUUGUUCAAAGCUUUUUGGAUGGUAAGCUUAAACAGCACCUCCUUUCUCAAGACCUUCCAGAUGAUUGGGACAAGGAGCCAGUGAAGGUACUGGUGUCCUCCAACUUUGAUGAAGUUGUAUUCGACAAAUCAAAGGAUGUAUUAGUAGAGUUCUAUGCACCCUGGUGUGGCCACUGCAAACAAUUGGCUCCCAUUUAUGAUCAGUUGGGAGAGAAAUAUAAAGACCACGAUUCUAUAGUAAUUUCCAAAAUGGAUGCUACAGCGAAUGAAUUGGAACAUACAAAGAUCCAAUCAUUCCCCACCCUUAAAUUGUACAAGAAGGAAACAAAUGAGGCAGUUGAAUAUAAUGGAGAACGCACAUUGGAGGGACUAUCCAAAUUCUUGGGAACUGGUGGUGUAUAUGGACAAGCUGCCCCAGAAGAUGACGAGGUGGUAGAUUACAAUGGCGCAAGGACUUUGGACGCGCUUGGUGAUUUCCUUGAUGGGAAAAGUGCUGAUGAACAGGAUGAUGAGGAAGUUGACGAGGAAGGAGAUGUUCCUGCCAAGGACGAACUUUAAAUUGUUGUGAAGCUAUUGAGGGACUUCUGGCAGCAGCUUAUUAUUUUUUUUUUUUCCUUGGGGGGGAGGGGGAUUUUAUUUAUGUAAUUUAAAAGCUUCCCAGGUUGUGAAAGAGCAAGGUGUUUUCAACUUAUGCAUAUAUUUUUCAUUCUUAUUUUUUCAUUGGAUCUUUGUUUUUCACAACCCUGUUUAUGCUGUUGUUGGGAACCUCUAUUAAGAAGAGGGGUUUGUAUGGGGGAAGUUCUGUUAUCUAAAUAAAAAAAAUAAGCUUCUCAUUUUAUAUUAAUGUAAUUGUUUGUAUGGUGUGGUGAUGUGACGUUAGUCCAAAGUAUUCUGUGAAGACAAUUUUCUACUUGUUAAAAGCAGCAGACAUUCCUUUACCUUUUUGAGAUUUAUUUUUUCAUUGGGGGCAUUUAAAAAAAAAGUUUAAAAGGUUACGGUACAAAUGGUGGAACGCGAGUAUGAAACUCAAUUGGUAGAAAUUGGUUGCGGCGGUGACUCCCCUCAGUUUUCAGAGGUGGAUUAUACACUGUGCAUGCCUUUUAAUUUCAUGUAAUAUGUCAUUAUAUUACCAAUCAUCUUUAAGUGGAAGUGCCAUUGUGAAUCGGCUUAGGUGAAAUAGUUGUGCACAGAUAUCCAUCAAGUCUGGGGAGGACGGUAUUAAUGCUUAAAGGUGUGUGUUUCCUAGUUUGCUGAAUCUUGCGCGAGACAUCCCAGCGUAGUAAUCCAUGGUAAAACGAGCAUCAAUUCCCUUUGUAUUUGAAAACACUCUGGGACCUUAAGCUUUAUUGUUGUCUUCCGUGGACUGUUCUCCCAGUACUAGCACAAUGCUUCCCGUCGCUGUGUGUAGUGUGCGUGUCUGAAGAGAGGAUCCUUAUACAUUGUAUGAGAUCUAAUACAUGACUUUUCCAAUAAAAAUUUAAAAUUA